UUCAAGCGAGAUAUGAAGUAAAUCCGAUUUAGUUUUGGACUUAGUGCCCAUACUCAUAAAUUUCUCGUAAUAGUAAUCAUUUACAAAUAGCUGAACUAUUAAUAAAGCUUUUUUGCGGGAUACCUCUGUUUGAUAUUUAAUAUACAUUUGUCAGUGAAAACUUGAUACAUACCUCGAUAAAUGUCACAGAUGAUGUUUGCUCACGGUGCAUGACGUCAUGGACACUCGUACCUGUAAAUUCAAAAUGGCGUCAGUAAGCAGUCGAAGAGCUUUAAAUCGAUCCAUUAGUGAAAUGUGGUGUAAAUCGGUAUUUUUCCGAGGAUUUUUUGAAAGGAGCAGGUCAAAGCUUUGGCAUCGAACAUUUCAAAUUUUCAUGGCUGGGACGUGCAAAUUGAGAUCAAAUAUGCAGUGGAUAGACGGGGACUUACUAUUUAACAGUGGACGAUAUUAUUGUACAACAAAGCUAAGGAAACUUGAUGAGAUCGCGUUUCACGCUAUUUCUGAUGAAACACUUCACGCGUUGAUGGAGUAUUUUGAAGAAUUGGGAGAAGAUGGGCAUUUUGAUCAAGAUUACGACAUAGAAUAUGCGGAUGGUGUGCUGACAAUUCGACUGGGAGGUACUCAUGGAACAUAUGUUAUCAACAAACAAACACCAAACAGACAGAUUUGGCUUUCAUCACCGACAAGUGGUCCUAAAAGAUACGACUUUUCAACAUCAAAUACCUGGAUCUAUCGUCAUACUGGAGUCACGUUACACGAACUUCUAUCCAAAGAACUAAGCAAAAUAAUAGGACAAUCUGUGUAUUUUACCCAACUGCAGUAUGGCAGUUAAGAUAACAUCUUGUUGUGAAAUUGAAGUUAUCAAACGAUUACACAUACAACGUAUUUAA